UUUCCCGCCCAUGUGUAAUGCUAGCCUGUUUCAAGCGAAGUGACCAAUGAUCGUGCAGUGAUUCCGUCACAUGACUUGCGCUGUAGCUUCUGCGUGGCGUAGCGGGAACGUUGCUCGCCAAUUGGUCGUAGAACGUUUUUAUAAUGCUCUAACGAUGCGCAUAUCGCUUUGUAGAACGCUUAAUAUGCGAGAGGCCUGUUCCCGGCUGGCAGUGUGUCGGGAGCAAGCACGUGCGUAGGAAAUACAAAAAUUGAAAAUGCCCAGCUACGGGUCCACUGGGCCUAAUGGCGCGAUCGAUAGUUACCUGCUUUUAGAAGAUGGUAGUAUUUUUUGGGGAAAACACUUUGGAGCCGAGGUAUCCAUCGAUGGUGAAGUCGUUUUCCAGACUGGUAUGGUCGGUUAUCCGGAGUCACUUACGGAUCCUUCGUAUCACGCACAAAUUCUGGUGCUCACGUAUCCCCUCAUCGGAAACUAUGGUGUCUUCGAUGAGAAUAGGAAAAACGAAUACGGCAUACCGUACUGGUUCGAGUCUGAUCGCAUUUGGGCGGCUGGACUCGUGGUCGGUGAGGUUUGCGAGAAGCCCAGUCACUGGCAGCAAACCAAGACGUUAUCCCAAUGGAUGAAGGAACAAAACGUACCUGGAAUAUGCGACAUCGACACGCGGGCCCUGACAAAAGUCAUUCGCGAGAAAGGUACUAUAUUGGGCAGAAUAAUCAUGGGUCAACCGCCAUCGAAUACCCUGCCGAUAAUACCUGCGAUAGAAGAUCCCAACAAGAGGAAUCUCGUUGCGGAAGUGUCUUUCGGGGGAGUUUCAAAGCCGACUCCGAAAACAUACAAUCCGAACGGAUACCCGCGCAUAUGCGUGGUUGAUUGCGGACUGAAAUAUAAUCAACUGAGGUGUCUGCUAAACCGUGACGCUCGCGUAGACGUCGUUCCUUGGAACUACGAUCUAAAAAGUGCUGAAUACGACGGCCUGUUCCUCAGCAACGGUCCGGGUGAUCCCAGCAUGUGCCAGACAACCAUAAAAAAUAUCCGAGCAGUCCUCGAGCAGGAGAAGAAGAAACCUAUAUUUGGCAUAUGCCUCGGGCAUCAGCUACUAUCCAUAGCUGCUGGCUGCGUCACAUAUAAGAUGAAUUACGGCAAUCGAGGCCACAAUCAACCGGUCACGCACCACGGUACCAGGCGUUGCUACAUGACCUCACAGAAUCACGGAUUUUGCGUCGAUGCAACUCAAUUACCAUGUAAUUGGGAGGUCCUCUUCAUCAACGCCAACGACAACAGCAACGAGGGGAUAGUCCACUCGCACCUGCCUUACUUCUCUGUCCAGUUCCAUCCUGAGCACACGGCGGGUCCCGAGGAUCUCGAGUGUCUCUUUGAUAUCUUCCUUGAAAGCAUUCCUAGAAAAAACGAGAGCGAGUCUAACUUUUCUUUAAAUCAAAUUUCCAUAAAGGACAGGCUCACUCAGAAGCUGACUUACAAACCGUCAGUUCCAAUCGCAAUUGAUCGACCGAAGAAGGUGCUGAUCCUGGGCUCCGGAGGACUCAGCAUCGGCCAGGCUGGAGAAUUCGAUUAUUCAGGCUCGCAAGCGAUAAAAGCGCUAAAAGAGGAAUCAAUACAGACCCUCCUGAUAAAUCCCAACAUCGCCACGGUGCAAACGUCGAAAGGCCUGGCCGACAAGAUAUAUUUCUUACCGAUUACACCAGAGUAUGUUGAGCAGGUGAUACGAUCGGAGAGACCAGACGGCGUAUUGUUAACGUUCGGUGGACAAACCGCGCUCAACUGCGGCGUGGAACUUGAAAGGAACGGCGUGUUCGCCAAGUACAACAUCAAAAUUCUAGGAACGCCGAUCGAGUCCAUUAUACAGACAGAGGACAGAAAGAUUUUCGCUGAUCGUGUCAGCGAGAUAAAUGAAAAAGUUGCUGCGAGUGCUGCGGUGUACUCCGUCGAGGAGGCGUUAGCAGCCGCUAACAAACUGGGCUACCCCGUAAUGGCGCGCGCUGCGUUUUCUCUCGGUGGUCUCGGAUCUGGCUUUGCCAACACGCAGACAGAGCUGAAGACGCUAGCGCAACAAGCUUUAGCGCACUCCAGUCAAUUGAUAAUCGACAAGUCCCUGAAAGGUUGGAAGGAGGUGGAGUACGAGGUCGUCCGCGAUGCGUACGACAACUGCAUCACAGUGUGCAACAUGGAGAACGUCGAUCCUCUGGGAAUCCACACUGGCGAGUCGAUAGUCGUCGCACCAAGUCAGACGCUGUCGGACAUGGAGUACAACAUACUGCGAAGCACCGCCAUCAAGGUCAUCAGACACUUUGGCAUAGUCGGCGAAUGUAACAUCCAGUACGCGCUCAAUCCUUUCUCCAGGGAAUAUUACAUCAUCGAGGUGAACGCCAGGUUGUCCAGAAGCUCAGCCUUAGCCAGCAAAGCUACCGGCUAUCCUCUGGCCUACGUCGCUGCCAAGUUAGCCCUUGGCAUACGCUUGCCGGAUAUCCGUAAUUCAGUCACCGGAAAGACGACUGCCUGCUUCGAGCCAAGUCUCGAUUACUGUGUGGUAAAGAUGCCCAGGUGGGAUCUUGGCAAAUUCCAUCGCGUCAGCACAAAGAUUGGCAGUUCCAUGAAGAGUGUGGGCGAGGUGAUGGCGAUCGGUCGCAAGUUCGAAGAAGCGUUUCAGAAAGCGCUGAGAAUGGUCAACGAGAACGUGAACGGUUUUGAUCCCUAUGUAAAGACGAUCAACGACGAGGAGCUGGAGAAACCAACUGACAAGAGGAUGUUCGUUCUCGCCGCGUCAAUCAAGGCCGGGUAUUCGAUCGACCGGCUGUACGAGCUCACCAAGAUAGACCGUUGGUUCCUGGAGAAGAUGAAGAACAUCAUCGACUAUUACGCGCUUCUGGAGAACAUCGAUCACACGAGGCUGUCGCGCAACCUGCUGCUAGGUGCGAAACAGAAUGGCUUCUCGGACAAGCAGAUCGCCGCCCUGGUGAAGAGCUCGGAACUGGCCGUCAGGAUACAGAGGCAGGAGCACAAUAUCCGGGCGAUAGUCAAGCAAAUCGACACGGUGGCGGCUGAGUGGCCAGCCACCACGAAUUACCUUUAUUUAACGUACAACGGCACCACUCACGACGUGGAGUUUCCUGGCAAUUACACAAUGGUGAUCGGUUCCGGGGUGUAUAGGAUCGGCAGCUCAGUGGAGUUCGACUGGUGCGCUGUGAGCUGCCUUCGCGAACUGCGAAAUCUCGGGCGUAAAACCAUCAUGGUGAAUUACAAUCCGGAGACGGUCAGCACGGACUACGACAUGAGCGACAGGUUGUACUUCGAGGAGAUCUCCUUCGAGGUGGUGAUGGACAUAUACGAUUGCGAGUGUCCUGAAGGUAUAAUAUUGUCUAUGGGUGGGCAGCUCCCUAACAAUAUCGCCAUGGAUCUGCACAGACAGCAGGCUCGAAUUCUUGGAACUUCGCCGGAAUCCGUGGAUGGCGCGGAAAACCGUUUCAAAUUCUCCCGUAUGCUCGAUAGCAUUGGCAUAUCGCAACCGAGAUGGAAGGAACUGACAAAUUUGAAAUCCGCCAUCGAGUUUUGCGAUGAGGUUGGCUAUCCGUGCCUUGUACGGCCUUCAUACGUGCUAAGCGGCGCAGCGAUGAACGUUGCCCACUCGAAUCAGGAUCUCGAGUCCUACUUGAAAAGCGCCAGCGAAGUCAGCAAAGAGCAUCCUGUAGUGAUAUCGAAGUUCAUUCUUGAGGCGAAGGAGAUCGACGUUGACGCCGUAGCUUAUGAAGGGAUGAUUCUAUGCAUGGCGGUAUCGGAGCACGUGGAGAACGCUGGUGUUCAUUCGGGCGAUGCCACUUUAGUAACACCACCGCAGGACAUCAAUGCGCAAACUUUGGCGAAGAUAAAAACCAUAUCAAAGGCAGUAGCGGCGUCCUUGGGAGUCACUGGUCCCUUCAAUAUGCAACUGAUCGCAAAGGAUAACGAGCUAAAAGUGAUUGAGUGUAAUGUGAGAGUAUCUAGAAGCUUCCCUUUCGUCUCGAAAACCUUAGAUCACGACUUCGUCGCAACAGCAACACGUUUAAUUGUCGGGGAAACAAUCGAGCCUGUGGACGUUCUGGCUGGCUGCGGAAAAGUAGGAGUAAAAGUUCCGCAAUUUUCUUUCUCUCGCCUCGCCGGUGCCGAUGUGACACUGGGUGUCGAGAUGGUGUCCACCGGAGAAGUAGCUUGUUUCGGUGAAAAUCGUUACCAAGCUUACCUGAAAGCCAUGAUCAGCACUGGUUUCCAUAUUCCUGAAAGGGGUAUCUUGCUUUCUGUUGGAAGUUUUAAGCAUAAAAUGGAGCUGCUCGAGUCUAUCAGGAAUCUGAAGAACAUGGGAUACAAACUGUAUGCCAGCAUGGGUACCGCCGAUUUUUACACCGAGCAUGGGGUCGAGGUGGAGCCGGUGCUAUGGACAUUCGAAAAUAUCGCCGUAAACGAAGAUUCUAGUCCGAGUGAACUUCGACAUCUCGCCGAUUUUCUGUCGAAGAAGCAGUUUGAUCUCGUGAUCAAUCUGCCUAUGAGAAACGGCGGUGCUCGUCGAGUUUCCAAUUUCAUGACGCAUGGUUAUCGUACGAGAAGAUUGGCAGUCGAUUAUUCCGUACCUCUAGUUACGGAUGUCAAGUGCGCGAAACUUUUGGUUGAAGCGAUGAGAAUGGUUGGUGGGAAAGCACCACGUAUGAAAACUCACACCGAUUGUCUAUCAUCUCGCAAAAUGAUCAGGCUACCUGGCUUAAUCGACGUGCACGUACAUACCCGUGAUCCAGGUGCGGUCCAUAAGGAAGAUUUCGCCUCUUGCACCGCAGCUGCGCUCGCCGGAGGCAUCACGAUCAUUUUUGCAAUGCCUAACACUAAGCCGGCAGUGGUGGACCAUCAGACCUUCGCCAUUGCUAAGGAGCAAGCCGAAACUGGUUCAAGAUGCGAUUACGCUCUCUUCGUCGGUGCCUCCUCGGACAAUUACAAUGUUAUACGAGAAAUAGCACCGCACGCGGCUGCAUUGAAGAUGUAUUUGAACGAAACGUUUACGACGCUUCGUCUCACGGAUCUUACAGUUUGGAUCAAGCAUUUUGAAAGCUGGCCUAAGAGGUAUCCCUUGUGCGUGCAUGCGGAAGGGCAGACGACAGCCGCGGUUCUUCUUCUGGCAAGCUUGCACAGCAGGCCGAUUCACGUGUGUCACGUUGCGCGAAAAGAAGAAAUCGAAAUUAUACGCGCCGCCAAGGAACAUGGAUUGGCGGUUACGUGUGAAGUAUGCCCGCAUCACUUGUUCCUUUGCAACGAUGACUUGGAUAGAAUAGGCAGCGGGAGAGGCCAAGUAAGGCCUACCUUAGGAACGAAGGAAGACCAACAGGCUCUCUGGGACAAUCUGGACGUUAUCGAUUGUUUUGCUACUGAUCAUGCUCCACACACUGUGCAAGAGAAGUCCUCCGAGAAACCACCACCGGGUUUUCCUGGCCUGGAAACUAUGCUACCAUUAUUGCUCAAUGCUGUGCACGAAGAAAAGCUGACGAUAGAGGACAUAAUCGAUAAAUUGUAUCGAAAUCCCAAGAAGAUCUUCAACGUUCCCGAUCAGCGUAACACGUACAUCGAAGUCGAUCUAAAUGAGGAAUGGGUCAUCCCGGAUGCGAUGCCGUACAGCAAAUCGAAAUGGACGCCGUUUGCCGGCAUGAAAGUUCGUGGUUCCGUGCACAGGGUAGUUUUGAGGGGCGAGGUCGCUUACAUCGAAGGACAAGUACUCGUAAACCCUGGAUUCGGCCAAGAUAUCAGAGAUAUACAAAACAAGGCGAAGGUUCUACCAGCGCUUCACGUGCAGACGGCGCUCUCUCAGUCCAUGGAUACUGUCUGCAAAUCAUCGUCACUGCUGGAUAGUCUCCUAUCUCCGAAUGAGAAACCUAACGCAUACACCGAACGUGCUGAUUUUUAUGAAGAGGAACAAAUCGAGUCACUUCCGCAUCUUCUGCAACCGGCACCACACAAGACGAACGUACAUUUCGCGCUAGAUUCUGAUGCAAGGGAACAUUCCAAGGCGCUACCUUCUCAGAGGACCAUCUCGCCAUUGCCAAUCAGCAAUGUCACCAAAUACAAAAGUGACAGCAAUCCGAAUCUUUUAACAGCUGCUGUGGCACCAGUUUCUGCCGUGCAUACAAGUAACAGUCUGGUUGGGCACCAUGUACUCUCUGUGAAUAUCUUUAACAAGGAAAUUCUGAAGGAUAUAUUUCAUCUUGCGGAAACUUUCCGAAAUGCCAUCCGCAAGGAGCGAACUUUGGAUCAUAUUUUAAGGGGAAAAAUCAUGGCCUCUAUUUUCUACGAAGUCAGUACGAGAACAUCGUGCAGCUUUGCUGCCGCGAUGGAACGUCUUGGUGGACGUGUAGUACACAUGGAUGGCUCCACGUCGUCAGUGAAAAAGGGCGAAACUUUAGAAGAUUCCGUAACAGUCAUGGCAGGAUAUGCGGACGUGGUCGUACUCAGACAUCCAGAGCCAGAUGCAGUGGCUAGAGCAGCGGUACACUGUAGAAAACCGAUGCUGAAUGCUGGUGAUGGAAUUGGCGAACAUCCGACUCAAGCUCUGCUCGAUAUCUUUACGAUACGAGACGAAUUCGGGACUGUAAAUGGUCUUACGAUCACCAUGGUAGGAGACUUGAAACACGGCAGAACCGUUCAUUCCCUCGCGAGGUUGUUGACCUUAUACAAUGUGGAACUUCGUUAUGUGAGUCCGCCCGGCCUUCGUAUGCCGGAUCAUAUCAUCGAUUACGUGACCGAACGUCAAAUACCGCAACAGCAAUUUUUGACGCUGGAGAAGGCCCUGCCCGACACCGACGUCCUUUACAUGACGCGAAUACAACGCGAGCGUUUCACCUCGGAGGAGGAGUACAAUCAGAUGUGCGGGCACUUCAUAGUCACCCCACAGUUGAUGUCUCGCGCGAAGAGGAGGAUGGUCGUCAUGCAUCCAUUGCCACGUGUCUUCGAGAUAAGUUCCGAAUUCGACACCGAUCCAAGGGCUGCUUACUUCCGGCAGGCCGAAAACGGGGUCUACGUGCGUAUGGCGUUGUUGGCCAUGGUUCUUGGACGUGCUUAAUCCGGUCGCCCGUGGCCCAUCGGUCGUCUCUGGGUCAAGGGACUCGGUGAAGGAGGUCAACGAUGUUCGCCAAGGAGAACACACGUGCCACAAAUUUAACUAGACUGCGACACGUUCGCGGAAACUAAGCUAACUCUCCACCUGACAUUCCAAUGAAUAUUAAAUAGUACAAAUAUACCUCAAAGAUCUAGUGAGCAAGAAUUCGUUCAGAUAAUUUUACAGUCUUUGAUAUUCACAUAUAAACGUUCGAGCAAAUGUUAAUAACGAGAGUAUAUUUUUAUCGGAUCCUUUUUACACCCCGUCGCCACAUAUUGACACUUUUGUAUCCAUUUCCAUGAAUUUGAGACAACCCCUGCAAUUUUUUUAGGAACAACGUUAAAUCAUAUAUGAGAUGACUAAAUCUUCUAUAUGCAGAGUAUUAUAUUAAUACAUUUUUCUAUUACACAGAUAUGUUGAUUGAAUCCAAUAUCUUUAAAUUUACGAGAGUUUAUUACGUGGUUUACGUUUCUGUUUUGUGAUUUAAAUUUUUACGCUGCAAAAGCGUUGUGAUAAUGCUGACUACUUCAAUAUUAAAAGAUUCAAAAUUGAUUAUUCUUUGUGUAUUAUUUAAUCAAUAAUAAAAACAUUCGCAAAAGUCUAUAUUUGUUAUAGUUUGUGUAAUCCUUAUUAAUAAUAAUAAAUAUUCUAUCCUUUAUUAUAUAAAUCUGUAUAUUUACGUGUAUUAACUGAAAUAGAAUUAUACAGAUCAGAAAGAUGUUUGCUUGC